AUGAAUAGAACAACUUGGAGAGGCCCCUUUGAGGAUGCAACUUCUGGCCGGCAUUAUGUCGAGUGGGUUGAUCCAAAUGGGCACAUCAUGGGUCGGGACUACGACAAUCUACCCAAUGUAGACCUCUCAGCUUUAACGGGAACAUCUCUACAAGAACCCUCUUACCCUGAUGGCAGAUCUGCUAUUAAAACCACAUAUGCAGAGAGUGUGCCAUUCAGCACUAAUGCCAUGACUGGCACAUACAACCCAUUGUCUAGUGGUCAGGCUAGUUUCUCACAAGGAUUCACAGCUUACGCUCCGGCAGGCACUGCACCCAUUGAUUAUGAUGAGCACAGUCAAGCUCGUCAAGGUUCAAUUGCAUUCAUGCUAUCAACAGAGGCUGCAGCAAGAACAACGAGCUAUGAACAGCAACACAAUCUCUGGACUUCUGGGUUCAAUGAUCCACUAACUCAGCCGGAGCUGGGUCCUGGGCCUUACGGUUCCUCAUCACAUCUCUCAGAUUUUGCAACUAUAUCUCAUGUACAACCAAUGGGCAGAGAAGACUUGGCUCUGCCCAAUCAAACGGUGCCCCUGCAAGGUCCAAGGACAGUGCGGCUUCUGGGCUGUAUCACGCAGUUGCCUGAGAAGACCACAGAUAAUCAAAUUCAGGAAAUAAAAGCCUUCUUAGCGAAACUUGAUACCCACAAGAGCACACCAAAGUUCAUAGCAGCACAACAAAUUGGAAGAUCUCCAGAAGAUCAGCUGGAGUUCUUGACAGGACUUCAAAAAGCUGUUGAAACAGGAGGUCUUGUUGCAUUUGGCAAUGGCAAACACUUUCAUGUCUCCACAUGUGGGGGUAGUAACUGUUCAAGGGUGAUGAUCUUCAAGACACAGAGUGGGGGACGCUGUCAUUACUGCCAGGAAAAGCUCAGGAAAGGAAAGACCAAGCGGAGCCCGCCAGGAAAUUUAUCCCACAGCCAAUUUUCUUUGGCAAGCAAUGGAGACCAAACCUCAUAUCAUAUGCAGACACUUCCUUGCACAAGUGACGAUCAGCACGAUCCAGUUGAUCUUUCCAACAAAGACAACAUCAUGCUUGACAGGUAUACAGAGCAGAGAGCAUCUGCAGCCAGUGGAAAGGUGGCCAAUCUCCUAGGGGAGAAGGUGACCCUGCCAGACAUCAGUGAUGCCCAAGUUGACCAAUUUAACCAUUUCCUGUGGAGACUGGUUGGGGUCAGUCAAAUCAGGGUUAGGGAGGAAUUGGAAGCCGACAAGACUCCAGAUCAACAUCUUAACUUCUUGGUAGGGCUGCAGCAGGCCGUUGGCGCAAAGGCAGCAUACGGGAACUGGUAUCUGAACCCUGGAAAGAAUUAUUGGGUUGUCAAAUGCUCGUAUGGCGUCUGCGACCGGAUAGCAAUCAGAGACAAUUCUGCAGAAGAAUUCUGCGACAACCAUAACGAGGCAGCUAUGAAGCGAAGAAAGCGGAGAUUUAACAAGAUGGACAGACAUUGA